AUGGCGCCUCCAUUACAGGAGACAAUCGCAGAACAGCCUAUGAGAUCGUCAAGGAAGGGCAAGGAACGCGAACCAGGCUAUCGCGACUUGGCCUCAACAGGUCCACAGGUCACUGACCUCGACGAGAAACUAUUAGCCCUCAGAAGGAGAACCGCAGGUGCGCAGCGGAUAAGAGAUAGGGCAGACCGGGAACGUGGUCAAACUUCGCAAGCAUCUCCCGCUACCAAUUCUAAUGCGGCACCAAACACAAGCACACCAUCACGGACCGAACGCUCUCCCCGGUUAUCUACACAGACUGCGUCGAAACAAGCGCCUAAUUCGCCGCGACGACACGCUUCCCCUCAGGUUAUCGUUACCAGACAAGCACAAGAAGCUGAUCAUGAAGAGUUUUCCCGUAAACUACACAUAUCAUCCUCUCGACCAUCCCCUCGACAAGCCCAUGCGCAGGCAAACAAGCAGGGUGGUGCCUACAAACUCUACAACCCGGACACCGAUCGGAUACCUACUCGAAGGAUACCUGAACCAGAAGCCCAUUCAGACACCACCGGUAGCUCUCACGUCCCCGCUCCCCGUCAGCGAGAGGAUCGAGGGGGAGGUUCCAGACAACUUUUUGAUUACCGCAAGGACGAUCCCGUCAGGUUCUCUGUGCUCGCUCGGCCUCAAACGACCUCCACUCCUUCGAGUCGGGCAACUCCGACCGUUAAACCCUCUGGCGACUACAUCUCCGCAUCCUCGACGUCAUCAAACAAUGCUUCUCAGACUUCGUCCGUCUUUACGCUCUCGUCGACAACUGACGGGUCUUCUGCUUCCUCAAAUCUCUUCGAUGGCCGGCCGAAAGAAGAAGACUCUGGAAAUAACAUCUUUGGAAAGCAGUUGAAGCGGCUCUAUCGCAACAUCACCGAGCUCGAGUCGAGGAUACAGCAAGAAGAUGCAAACGACGAUGAAGAGAUGGGACGAGGCGUUCUAUUGAAAGGCAAGGAACCAAUGGCUGCGGAUGCCGAAAAGGAGAAGUGGAAGAAACAAAUCGCUGAUCACAAAGAGCUAGCCGAGACUAUACACAACCUCCUCGAAAUCUCCUUGUCCCCUUCUGUGCCAGCUUCUCUGCGAACCAUUCCCACCAAAUACAAUAUCAUUGUGCGCCUAUGGACCUAUGCUUUCCACAAGAUCCUCGAGUCCCUCCGCCGAGCAUCAUUCCAGUCUCCCGUCGCCCUGGAGCACCUACAAGAUUUCAUCUAUUACGCCUACACCUUCUACACCGGCCUCCUUGAAGAGCCUAAUCUCACGGCAUUCAAAUCAUCUUGGUUGGAGGCCCUGGGUGAUCUAGCUCGGUAUCGAAUGGCCGUCGCGGCCAUGGUGAACAGUGGCAUGGGAGGCCAGGGUGGCCUCACAACAAAAGCGGUCAACGAGGCCGCUGCGGAUUCGGGGUCUCUUACUGUACCGGAUGCAGAUGCAAAGUCGAUCAGUGAUGCGCCCGCAGCCCGCAUUGAUGACAGCCCCUCGCCCAGCGUCGGAAUCGCCGCAGCCAGGUCGAUGGAGAUCGAGCCUGAGAAGGAGAGGUGGCGGAAUAUCGCACGGGAGUGGUAUGGAGCGGGGCUGGCGGAGCAACCUGGCACUGGCAAGUUACAUCAUCACCUGGGUCUGUUAUCGAGGGAGGUCGAGGCAGAAGAGCUUCGGGGCAUCUACCACUUCACCAAGAGUAUGACCACCCUGCACCCAUUCAGCACGUCUCGUGAAAAUGUAUUGCCCAUCUGGUCUUUGGCUGCGCAGGCACGACGCUCUCUUCCCGAUGCGAGAGCUUCCGAGCUGUUCGUCCUCCUCCACGGGAUGCUUUUCACCAACAUUCAACUCGAUGAUUUCCAACCUUCUCUGGCCCGAUUCAUCGAGCGCUUGACAAUCGAGGGCGCCGAAGAAAAAGAAUGGAUCAUGAUGGCUGUCGUUAACAUCGCUUCCAUCCUUGAGUACGGACGACCAUCAAGCCUUCUCCGGAAGCUCGGGGUCGUCGGACCCAAGGAUGCAAGCGGUGCGCAAGCUGCAGCCAUGCGAGUUAUGGCUAAGAAGGCUGCAGCUGGCGUUCCCGGCGCCGUCGCACCAGAGCAAGACGACAAGAUGGAGAUCGACGGUGAAGACAAGUUGACCAAGUCACCGAUCCUCCUGAUGAACGGUCCGGAUGGCUUGGAGCAACCUGCUGGUCUCAGCUACGCCCUUCAACUUACCUUCGCAAUGCUAACCCACGUUCUUCGCCGACCUCAUCGACAAGCCUCUCAAUUUUCUCGUCCUACGCUUAACCCUUACCUUACCGUCAUCCUUACGUUCCUCGCCACCAUCCUCAAGCACCCUGCUGCUCUCGAGGUCUUGGAACGCAGUAUCCCAUGGCAGGACCUCGCCAACUUCUUCACCACCAUCCCCCGCCGUGUUAUGAGCGCCCAAGGUCUUUUCCACACUUCCAAACCCACUUCUGGCGAUCGCUGGCCAAUGCUCACGAGCGGGGUUGCCCCCCCUCUUCCUGAAGAUUGGUGCAUGCGAGGUAUGGAGUGGGUCGGUCGCCGAGUUUUCGAGCGAGGCUACUGGAAGUCUGGUGAAGACCGCAAGGCAGAGCUCGAGGUUCUCGAGCAGAAUGAGGGCAAGGAUAUGACAGAUGGCAGGAUUGAGGAUGACGAUGAAGACGAGAGUGGCUCGAAGAAGGCUACUACGAUGAGUGAGUUGGAGAGGAGGUGGACUCGGGUCUGCAGGUCGGCCAUCAGCAUUGCGAAUACAGUCGAUGGCUUGACCUGGUUGGAAGGUACGCGGGAUUGGAAGGUCGAGGGCAAGCUUGCCCAGAAGGUUGAGAGGUGGAGGGAGGAGGACCGUGUCCAGAGAUUGGAGGAAGAGAAGAGGAGGAUGGGUAAGCGAUGGGUUGACGAUGCGAUGGAUGUCGAUGAAUCUGGGGAAGAGAUCUCGGAGGAAAGUGACGAAGACGAUGAGAACGACUCAGAGGAAAUCAAAGCCUUGAAGGCUCGUCGUCGCUAUCUGGAGUCGCUUCUCAAGUCUGCGAAGAAUAACGCCGUAUCCUCACCUCCUCGCCCGCGGACUCGCCUUCCCAGGCGCGCUGGCGACCACCGACCUCAGCUCAACAUCGUCCCCGGUUACUCGGUCCUAGUCGUCGAUACCAACAUCCUCUUAUCAUCCUUGUCCAUGGUCUCUUCUCUCAUUGAGAGCAUGAAGUGGACCGUCGUGAUUCCUCUUCCUGUCGUCAUGGAGUUGGAUGGCCUCGCUGCCAACACCUCCACUCAGCUUGCUGAAGCCGCUUCCUCCGCUCUCAACUACAUUACCUCGCACAUUCGCUCCCACUCGUUGUCGCUCAAGGUCCAAACCUCGAAGGGCAACUACCUUACCAGCCUCAACGUUCGAACUGAAGAAGUGGACUUCUCUGGUGGUGUCGCCAACAACGAGCGCAGCAUGGACGACCUCAUCCUCAAAGCUGCCAUCUGGCAAGAUGAGCACUGGGUAGAUCGAUCGUCUAUGCUCAAAGCUGAGGUGCCCUCUCCUGAAUCCCUCAAGACCGCUGAGAAGGUUGUGUUCCUCAGCUUGGACCGCAAUCUCCGUCUCAAAGCCCGAUCCCGACAAGUCUCUGCUGCUGGAGAGAAAGACCUCGCCCUUCUGCUGUCGACCGCCAAGUAA